CCUGGCAGAAUGGCUCCCAUUAAGAAGGACAGUGAGAAAAAGAAGGGCCUUUCUGCCAUCCACAAGGUGGUGACCCAAGAAUGCGCCACCAACAUUCACAAGUGCAUCCAUGGAGCGGGCUUCAAGAAGCGGGACCCUCAGGCCCUCAAAGAGAUCCAGGAGUUUGCCAUGAAGGAGAUGGGUACUCCAGAUGUGCACCCUGACACCAGGCUCAAUAAAGCUGUGUGGGCCCAGGGAAUAAGGAAUGUCCCAUAUUGUACCUGUGCACGGUUGUCCAGGAAACGGAAUAAGGGUGAAGAUUCAACAAACAAGCUUUAUACUUUGGUGACCUAUGUCCCUAUUACCACAUUCAAAAAUCUAAAGACUGUCAACGUGGAUGAGAAGUAA